AUGGAGUGGAGCGCGGGUAUAUCAGGGCUUGUGGAUGCCUUUUCUUCCAUGGAUGGUGUGCUUCUGAACUUUGCGCUUCUCUGUUACCUCUACAUCCACUACUUCUAAUACCGUGAAAUUUGUCUAGAGCGGAAUUUUUAUUUUUUAUCGAGGAUAGAACUCCUCACGCCAAAGCUGGCAUUUCUACCCCCCGGGGUGGCUACUACCACGACAUGGGGUGGAGUCGGCGGAGAUAUUUCUUCAGUAUUUCCGUCAUUAUCGGGAAUUUCGCCUCCUCCGCUGCCGGAUAGGUAUGCUGAACUAAGGGGACGGUUUACGGCAGGACGGGAAAAGAUCCUGACAGAAUUCUGGGAGAGGCUAUUGCCCGAUCUUGAGAAGGAGACGGCCGUGGCGAAGAUUUUUGGGGGUGGUGUUUGUCCCUCUUUAUUCCACAUAUUCUGAGCUUUCCUUCAGUAGAGUGGGGGGGUUUGCUAACGGGUUGAUAGAUUAUUCUACAAGUCGAAUUCAAAGACCUGGGCAGUCUCCCCAAGGAGAAAACGGCAGUGAUUACGAAACGAGGUGCUGUGGUUCUUAAGAAUGUCCUCCCAGACAACGAAGCUCUAGGGAUGAAGGAGUCUUUGAAGGCACAUAUUCGCCGCAAUACUUGCGCGCAAGGUUUCUCCCCUCCACGGAUACAUCACUAUUGA